CUUCUUCAUUUCAGCAAAUUUAUAUACACUCCUCAUUUCUUCUUCACACAAUUCCAGGCCGUUCAAGAAGAAAGAAUACCCAGUUUCCCAAUUAACUAAGAUCUGAGAAGAAAAUGGCAUCAAUGGCGGCAACUGCAAGUUCGAGAACUGUUUUAAGCCCAACCCCUUUUCUUGGCCAGACUAAAGGGUCAAGCUCUAACCCUUUAAGAGAUGCUGUCUCUUUGGGAACUGGGAAAUUCACCAUGGGAAAUGAGCUGUGGUAUGGACCGGACAGAGUAAAGUACUUGGGACCCUUUUCGGCUCAGACUCCAUCUUACCUGACUGGAGAGUUUCCAGGGGAUUACGGAUGGGAUACUGCUGGUUUAUCAGCUGACCCUGAGGCUUUUGCUAGGAACAGGGCUCUUGAGGUGAUUCAUGGUAGGUGGGCAAUGCUUGGAGCAUUAGGCUGCAUCACCCCGGAAGUCUUAGAGAAAUGGGUAAAAGUAGACUUCAAGGAACCAGUGUGGUUCAAGGCUGGCGCACAGAUUUUCUCAGAAGGUGGUUUGGACUACUUGGGCAAUCCCAACCUUGUCCAUGCCCAAAGCAUCCUGGCGGUCUUGGGCUUCCAAGUCAUUCUCAUGGGUCUCGUCGAAGGUUUCCGCAUCAAUGGCCUGCCAGGAGUCGGAGAGGGCAAUGACCUUUACCCCGGUGGCCAAUACUUCGACCCUCUUGGCCUUGCAGAUGAUCCAGUUACAUUUGCCGAGCUCAAGGUAAAGGAAAUUAAGAAUGGCAGGCUGGCAAUGUUCUCCAUGUUCGGAUUCUUUGUUCAAGCCAUUGUUACCGGCAAAGGACCACUUGAGAACCUCCUGGAUCACCUUGACAACCCUGUUGCCAACAAUGCUUGGGUCUAUGCCACCAAGUUUGUUCCUGGAUCAUAGACUGAUUUCUCAAAAUCUUGUUUCAUGUGUGCAGAUUGAAAUUGUUGUAUGCUGUAGAUUUUAGUAAAACAAGCACCCUGAUUAAGAUCUAAUGUAACUUGUGACUUGGUGUUUUAUGGUCAUUGAGAUGAAAGUGAACGUCAUGAUAGACAACAUCUUGGAAUCCA